AUGGAUAAGUCGUGGAUUUGGCUUCCAAGGAAUAGCCACGAGUAUUCAGAAGGAGCAACUAAUUUUGUGAAUUCGUCCGCAAAAAGAUUGGGAAGUCUGUCUGAAAUGCUAUGCCCUUGUAGAGACUGCCGCAAUCUGAGCCAUCAGUCACUGGAUAAAAUUGUGGAGCAUUUGGUGAUUAGGGGUAUGGAUAAGAAGUAUAAGAGUUCUCGUUGGAGUAUUCAUGGAGAAAAAAGAGAUUCUGCAGAAGACAGUGUUCUUCAAUAUGAAACAGAGGCGUUUGAUUUGUUUAAGACAACAUUCUCCAUGGACGAAGGUGGUCCAAACCCGACAACUGACAACGAAGACGAUGAAGCACCAGAGGAAAUUGAGUUUAAGAAAAAGCUCAGAGACGCUCAAACGCCAUUAUACUCGGAUUGUCUCAAGCACACAAAGGUUUCAGCUAUCAUGGGACUUUACAGAUUCAAGGUUAAAAGUGGUGUGUCGGAGAACUACUUUGAUCAGCUGUUGGUUUUACUUGAGGAUUUGCUACCUGAAGACAAUGUUCUUCCCAAGAGUUUAGCUGCAAUCAAGAAAUUUCUGAAGAUCUUUGGGUUCGGCUACGACAGUAUUCAUGCUUGCAAGAAUGAUUGCAUAUUGUAUAGGAAGGAGUAUGAGAACCUAGAAAGCUGUCCAAGAUGCAAAGUUUCAAGAUGGGAAAUGGAUAAGCACAGUAAUGAGUUAAAGGUGGGGAUUCCGGCAAAGGUCCUUAGAUAUUUUCCAAUCAAGGACAGGUUUAGGAGGAUGUUUAGAUCACAAAGGAUGGCUGAAGAUCUGCGUUGGCACUAUACCAAUGCCACUGAAGAUGGUACAAUGCGGCACCCUGUUGAUUCUAUCUCUUGGGCACAAGUGAAUGCUAAAUGGCCAGACUUUGCUGCUGAUCCACGGAAUCUUCGACUUGGGAUUUCUACAGAUGGGAUGAACCCUUUCUCCAUGCAAAGCACCAAUCACAGCACAUGGCCAGUGUUGUUAGUGAACUAUAACACGCCUCCAACCAUGUGUAUGAAGGCUGAGAAUAUAAUGCUGACUUUGUUGAUCCCUGGUCCUACUGCUCCUGGUAACAACAUUGAUGUUUACCUAGCACCACUGAUAGACGAUCUAAAGGAUUUGUGGGCUGAGGGUAUUGAAGUGUAUGACUCAUUUGCGAAGGAGAACUUUAAUCUCAGAGCCUUGCUGCUUUGGAGUAUCAGUGACUAUCCAGCCUUAGGAACACUGUCUGGAUGUAAAGUAAAGGGGAAACAAGCCUGCAAUGUAUGUGGAAAGGAUACACCUGCAAGGUGGCUUAAGUUUAGCCGCAAGUUUGUCUACAUGAGUAACAGAAGGAGACUACCGCCUGGCCAUCGUUACAGAUAUAAAAAAGCUUGGUUUGACAACACUGUGGAGGAAGGGAAUGCUAAUAGGAUACAAACAGGCGCUGAGAUAUAUGAGACACUACAAGCUUUUACGAAUGAUUUUGGUAGACCUCUAGAGAAGGAAAAAAAGGAAAAGACUAGAUUGCCUGUUCGUCACAAUAUUAAUGUUAUGCACGUAGAAAAGAAUGUGUCCAAUGCUAUAUUGUCUCUGUUGAUGCAAAGUGCGAAGUCAAAAGAUGGGUUGAAAGCAAGAAAAGACUUAGAAGAUAUUGGAAUCAGAAAGCACUUGCACACAGAGGUGAGGGGAAAGAAAACAUACUUACCUCCUGCUGCCUACUGGUUAUCGAAGAGAGAGAAGACCAUUUUCUGCCAAAGGUUAGCUAAGUUUAGAGGCCCUGAUGGUUAUUGUGGUAAUAUUGCGAAUAGUGUUUCAGUUAACCCUCCAAAUAUUGGUAGUUUAAAGUCGCAUGAUCAUCAUGUCUUAGUACAGAACUUGUUACCAGCUGCAUUAAGAGGGUUGUUACAUAGGGGUCCUAGGAUAGCCAUAAAUAGAUUAUGCAGUUACUUCAACAGGUUGUGUCAGCGCAUCAUUGACCCAGAGAAACUUAUAUCCAUGGAGACAGAGUUUGUGGAGACAAUGUGUCAGCUGGAGCGCUUCUUCCCUCCAGCCCUUUUUGAUAUCAUGUUUCACCUUCCACUACAUUUAUCAAGAGAGGCACGGUUGGGAGGACCAGUUCACUUCCGAUGGAUGUAUCCCUUCGAAAGGUACAUGAAAACACUAAAGGCUUUUGUUAAGAAUUAUGCAAGGCCAGAAGCAUGUAUGGCUGAGGCGUAUUUAGCUGGAGAAUGUGUUGCAUUUUGUUUAGAGUUCCUUAAAGAAUCAGUACCAGUUCAAGAAGCAGUUAAUCGUAAUGAAGAUGUUGAGGCUGAUAGAAUGGUGGUUGAAGGCCGACCUCUGCAGAAGGGUAUAGAGGUUACCCUGUCAGAUAAAGAUAGAGACAUUGCACAUCGAUAUGUGCUAAUGAACAUGGCAUCUUUGGAUCCCUUUCUUGAGUAA